AUGAAAGCAAUUAAAUUUCAAAUGCAAAUUCCAAGCAAUACAACCCUAUAUCUUGGACCAAUUUAUGAUCAAAAUGCACUUGAAGUUUUAUCUUCUGAUAUAAACAUUCGAACUAACAGCAAUUCUCUAUACCGACAACAGAGUAACGCUCAAAAUGCAGAAAUGAUAAUUCCAAUUCAUUCUUUACAAUUGGUUUCAACUUAUCAGGCAUCUCAUAAUUCUUUGCGUGACCAUUUAACAAAUUCUCAAGAAGGCAUUAAUAAAGAUAAUUGCGCUGUGUUCGGUUCUUAUACUAAUGCAUUUUCAGUAAGUGACUAUCAAAAUGUGUUCGGUUCUUAUACUAGUACAUUUUCAGUAAGUGACUUUUCAGGUGACGAAGAUUGUGUUCAAGACGUGAAACAUUUUAACGAGAAAGCAUCUAAAUUAAAAUGGACCGCAAAAAGCACUAAAUCGUUACUUUUAUUUUUGAGAAGACAUAAAGAAGUACUAAAACAUCUAGUAGAAAAACGUGGUGGUAGUGGUAAUAUUAAAAAAGAGCUAUGGACGCGUGCAUCAAUUACGGUUUCCGAUGAUGAAGACAAAUAUCUUCCCGAGCAGUGCGAAUUUAAGUGGAAAAAUAUUAAACAAGCUUACAAGCAUAAUCCUCAUUAUCGGUAUAAUUCAGAAAUUAAUGCGAUUCUUAAGUAA